GCGCCCUAUUCUUCUCGCGAUCUCCCAGCCGUUCCCCGUCGUCGUUUUGCGUCUCCUUUCCCGUCGUCGUUCUCGUUCUGCGUCGCCGUUCCCUUCGCCCCUCCUGUCAGUUGUCGUUGCUGUUCCAGUCGCCGUUCCCGUCACCGUUCCGGUCACCGUUCCCGUCGCCAUUCCCUUCGUCAUUUCCCUUCGCAGAAACAAAACCGCUUUUCACCUCGCGAAACAGAGCCUAAUUUCCGGAGAGUUCAAUCCAAUCUCCUCAGCCAUUCUCCUCGCAAAAACCGAGCGUGAUUUCUGGAGAAGCCGUAAUUGUUUUUGCGCCAAGUUCUUCUCCGCAAUCCCGCAUCCGACGCCAUACCGAAGGCUCGUAGCCCGGGUGAUUGAGGAUGAUGCUGAGAAGUGGGAAGGGCUGUCAUCAGUUCUUUCUAUCAGACUGCUUGAUGUUACGGUCAGUAACUUGGCUAAAUUGCUGAGGCCGCAUGGUUCUUAUCAGCUUAAUCAGAUCGAUAGUCAUGAGAUGAUAGCAUAAUUCGGAAUCGAAAAAAAAAUUAUAUCACAUUUCAGGAAAUAAAAUUGUGAGCAGCAUCAACUUUGUCUGUGCACAUGAUGGAUUCACUCUUUUAGAUCUGGUCACAUACAAUAACAAGACUUACUUUGCAAAUGGUGAAGAGAACUGAGAUGGAGAGAAUCAUAACUAGAGCUGGAACUGUGGUGAGGGCGAAGCUUGAUGCUAAUCCUAGACUUCUUGACUGCACUGAAAGCUGGAAGCAGCUUGUAUUGUAACUGUUGAAUCUGGCAAAAAUGACCAAGGAUCUCGCUCUCAUUAUUCAUGGAUCAAAGUCUCAGUCGAGAACACUACAAGAACCCUGAAGAAUUUAUCAAUGCAGUUUCAAGGAGCUGAGGGCAAGGCUCACUGGAAAAUCAAAGUUGUAAUAAAUCUUGUUCAAAAAUGCCUGCAGCUGAAAGUGAAGAUUCUGAAAACUUAUAAUAAAUUGCUCCAGAUUUGUACUCAAGAUUUUAAAUUUCAUGAUGUAAAAUUAUUGGGCAUUUGCCUACAUACCACCCAAUUCCCAUGUAUUAACAUAUCUAUCACCUAAACUUUAUUUUUAAUAUUUGU